AUGUUCCGUUAUGGUUUACGUGUUUUAAGUAAGGCAGUUGACGCCAAAGCAGCUGAAGCAAUUACAGCUGUCCCAAAGGGUGGAUAUCCAGCAUACCUCAAACCAUUCUUAGAAGGUGCUGAAGUUUUACCACCAGCUCCAGAACGUAGUCAAUUCGAAAAGGAAUCAGAUUACAUCAAUGCUGUCAUUGCUCAUCCAGUCAUCCAAAAAUCACCAAAUGCAUUAAAAAUCUAUAACGAAUUCCAAGAAUCAAAAAGAGCUAUGGCAAACUACGAACCAAUCCCAGGUGAAAGUUCCGAAAAAGUCGUUAUCAAUUGGGAUUUCUACAAAAAGAUCUUACCAGAAGAUACCGUCGAAUUCUUCCGUGCCCUCGAAAAGAAAACUCAUGAAACCAUCUUAUCAUGGGAAGCUGAGGAUAAAAAAUUCAUUGAUUUCCUUUUAAAGAAAAUUAAAUCUGAUGAAGAAGCAUCAAAAGAAUCCCAAAAAUCUCUUUACCUUACCAUUCAAGCACUUGAAGCUGAUAGAAAACAAAUGGAAGACUUUUUAACAAAUCUUAGAACCACCACUUUUGAAGAUUUACACGGUAAAUACCCAGAAAUCGACGAACAAAUCUAUCAAGAAAUUUCAAAUGAUGAAUGGAUGCCAAAAGAUCUCGUUGGUCAAGAAACUAUCUACAACAAGGCUAAAGAAGCUCACCACCAUUAA